UAGAGUAGGAUUAUAUUAGGAGUGACCGACAGAUGUAUUAUUUAUUAUUAUUAUUUUCAUUAUUUUCUUCCAACGAACUUCUAAUUUCUAUCGUUCCGAAUAACGCAGAAGAAAUCUAGAAAUACAAUAAAUUGUGCAAAACUAAUCUCGUUUUUGCCAUAGUGAAAGUGGUCAAGUAAUUCACUUCGUUAGUAUCGACAUUCGGCAGUGAAGUGCGGUGGUGCGGUGUUCGGCCAGCGUCCGUGUGAUGGUGUAGCGUGUGUGCGGCGUGGGCGCACCGGCGCAGCAUGUCCAACGUGGAGAACGUGUGUCCGCAGGUGCUGCGCGGCGUGGCGCGCGAGCUGCGGCGCCUGGCCGCCAGCCCGCCCGCCGGCGUCAAGGUGCUGCUGCGCGAGGACGACCUCAGCGACGUGCACGCGCUCAUCGACGGCCCGGCCGACACGCCGUACGCGGGCGGCGUGUUCCGCGUGCGGCUGGCGCUGGGCCGCGAGUUCCCGGCGGCGCCGCCGCGCGCCUACUUCGUGACGCGCAUCUUCCACCCCAACGUGUCGGCGGCGGGCGAGGUGUGCGUGGACACGCUGAAGCGCGACUGGCGGCCGGAGCUGGGCCUGGCGCACGCGCUGCUGGCCGUGCGCUGCCUGCUCAUCGCGCCCAACGCCGAGUCGGCGCUCAACGCGGACGCGGCGCAGCUGCUGCGCGACCGCUACGACGACUACUUCGCGCGCGCCAAGCUCUACACCGACAUCCACGCGCGCGCCACGUCCGACGCGCCCGACGCCACGUCCUCCGCCUCCGCCUCCGCGGCCGCCGCCGACGCGCCGCGCGCCAAGCGCUCGCGCCGCGACGGGCCCGGCCGCCGCAUCCUCAAGCGCUUAUGAGGGCCGCGAUGGCUUGUGCACUUGUAUUUAUUUUGUAUUAAAUAAUGUCAAAUAUUA